UGUGUGCAACACAGGGUGGCUAGCUUGUAUUGACGGAGGGGCACCCGGUCACUGAAGGAUUUAAUCAAGUGACCAGUUCCAAGGAUCUGGGAAGGAACCUUCAGCGAAAUGCGCCUUACAAGGAAACGAUGGACAAUUUGUACUAUCAGCCUUCUUCUGAUAUUCUACAAGACGAAAGAAAUAGUAAGAAGUGAUGAGCAUCAGGAAGCCCAACUCACAAGUGAGAGUGAGCUGAGUACUUCAAGACUGAUGGUCAAUAGCUCAGAGAAAGCUCUGGGCAAGAGCCUGCCCAUAUAUCUCCAGGGCACAGAAGAAGGGUGGAGGGUCAACGCCACUCUGGUCGCCAUGAUACGGAAGGACAUCCUCCGCUUCUUGGAUGCAGAAAGGGAUGUGUCAGUGGUCAAAAGCAGCUUUAAGCCUGGCGACACUAUCCACUACAUCCUGGACCGGCGCAGGACGCUCAACGUCUCGCACACUCUGCACAGCCUUCUUCCUGAGGUCUCCCCUCUGAAGAACAAGAGGUUCAGGACCUGUGCCGUGGUGGGCAACUCUGGCGUUCUGCUCAAAAGUGGCUGUGGGAAAGAGAUAGACAGUCAUGAUUUCGUUAUACGAUGUAACCUGGCCCCGCUGGCCAAGUUCGCCGAGGACGUAGGCUUGAAGUCAGACUUCACCACCAUGAACCCGUCGGUGAUCCAGCGCAUGUAUGGCGGCCUACGAAAUGAGACGGCGCGUGACUGCUUCCUGCGGCGCCUGGCCGUGCUGAACGAUAGCGUCCUUUGGAUCCCUGCUUUCAUGGUGAAGGGUGGAGAGAAGCACGUAGAGGGUGUCAAUGAGCUCAUCCUCCAGCGGAAGCUUCCGGUGCGCAUGGCCUACCCUUCACUACGUUUGAUCCACGCUGUCAGAGGGUACUGGCUCACGAAUAAGGUGAAUAUCAAGCGUCCCAGCACUGGAUUGUUGAUGUACACCAUGGCCACGCGCUUCUGUGAUGAGAUCCACCUUUAUGGAUUUUGGCCAUUCCCAAAAGAUGCUAAAGGAAAUCUUGUGAAGUACCAUUACUAUGACACUAUCAAGUACCGGUACUUUUCCAAUGCUGGCCCUCACCGGAUGCCACUUGAGUUCAAGACAUUAAAAAUGUUACACAGCAAAGGGGCCCUCAAGCUGACAACGUCUAAAUGUCCCCAAGGUUGACGGAUACACCACUCUGUGCCAAUUUAAAUCAAAAAGACAGCUGAAUAAGUUGUGUGACAGAGGUGACACUUGAAAUGGUCUGAAUGUCUGAAUCAUGUGAAGCUUUGGGGUCUGAGAGUGCCUUCAGUCAGUCAUUUUAAACGUGCAGUCUGCAGAUUGUUUGAUGCGUGUCCGAAUUAUUUAAAGUGUUGCAUUAUGUUACAUUUAAUGAAAGAAAUGUAAUGAAAUGAAAUUCCCAUUGUUGAUCUUUAAAAGACCUCUUGAGUCACAGGCAUAAAAACAUAUUGGUUUCAGAUACCUUGCAAUAGAAUUGCUAAUGAGGGAUACCUUAUUCUUUUUUUCUAAACUAAGUACAACAUGGUUACGUAGUGACCAACUGUUCCUCAACUGAAAUUGAGGAACUUCAAGCAAAUGUCUUCUUGAUCCCAAAGAUCUAAUUGUUUUAGCUAACGUUUCCAUAAGAGAUUGUGUUGUUUUUCAGUGCUGUACUUUUUAGGAUUUAGAGGCCUUUGUGCAAAUUAUUUUUCUAUCGGUCUAGAUUAUACAGUGCUUGCAUUCUACAUUUCCUUUGUUAAAAAUUCAAAAUGUCACACUAAUGUGGAUAUUUGGUUACUAUUUGUAAGCCUACUGUAACGUUGAGCGGUAAGGAGGUGAACACGUGUGAAGAAGAGUGAGAUUUAAUAGGUGCAAAUCCAAAAUCAG